UGUCCUACUUGUAAUGGGGUGCUUCAAGACUGUCCAUAAUUUUAAAGGGCGCCUCGGGACUGUCCGCAAUUUUAAAGGGUGCCUCGGGACUGUCCGCAAUUUUAAAGGGUGCCUCGGGACUGUCCGCAAUUUUAGAGGGUGCCUCGGGACUGUCCAUAAUUUUAAAGGGUGCCUCGGGACUGUCCGCAAUUUUAGAGGGUGCCUCGGGACUGUCCAUAAUUUUAAAGGGUGCCUCGGGACUGUCCAUAAUUUUAAAGGGUGCCUCGGGACUGUCCGUAAUUUUAAAGGGUGCCUCGGGACUGUCCGUAAUUUUAAAGGGUGCCUCGGGACUGUCCGUAAUUUUAAAGGGUGCCUCGGGACUGUCCGCAAUUUUAAAGGGUGCCUCGGGACUGUC